AUGAAGAUCGGCCUGUUGCUCUUCAUGAACAUUGUGAUGUUUAUGUUCCUGUGGUGUCCCUUCUGGCUCUGCGACAACGGGUCUCCCAGUCUCACGACUGCAAAGAAAAAUUCACAUUUUGACACAAGUGGCUCGAAUGCUGUUCGCUGCCAGGGGGAAGACUGCAAUGCUCCCUCUUCCUCAGGACCAACAGCGAACUCCCUACAGAGAAAAAUGUACCCGGACCUGCAUAGGUGCUCUGCAGGACUUCAGAGAAACUUCUACUACCAGCGGGGAGACUACUGGGUCUUGGAGAACUACAUUCCUGCCGACCUGACCUUCCGCUGUAACGAAUCCAUCACCUACACUACCCAUGGAGAAUACACCUUCCUCGCUAACCUCGACCCAGUGACGGCUCACUGGCAGGGCCCCGUGAGCAUUGCCUUGUACGCCCCCGGGGACGACUUCAACGCCACCGUCGCCACCAUACUGUACCUGCGCCAGUGUGCCAGGUCAGAGAUCAGGAAGCUGGUCACCUUCCAUAUCUUCUUCCACGACUCCCACACACCCAAGGAGAUCCCCUCGAGGGAGGAGAUGUUGCGCAGGCGGGUAAACUGCCAGGCGGGGGCCCCCAACCUGACCAACAUCACCACCUACAGGGCCCACAACAAGCUCCUCUACCCCAUCAAUGUGGCGAGGAAUAUCGCCAGGCUGGCCGCUCGCACCUACUUCGUCUUCCCAGCAGAUGUGGAACUUUAUCCCUCAGUCGACUUUAUCCCAGACUUCCUCACAAUGUUGAAAAAACCUGAUGUGUCAAAUACAACAUUCCCGCGAGUGUUCGUGUUCUCUGUUUUCGAAGUCAAAGAGAAUAUCAGCAUUCCAGAGACGAAGAGUGAGCUGCUCGGUUUGCUCCACAAAGGUGACGCUGCUCCAUUCCAUAAGAAUGUUUGUCCUGCUUGUCACAGUAUACCUGGAUCACAGACCCAUAUUGAAUCUAACUAUAUUAUCAAAAAUAUUUGA